CAAACACCCCCGCCCAGAUCCAAGUCCUCCAACCUCCGCAGACCCCGAGUCCUCCGACAGAAACCUGAUUAACGAGAUACUAACGAGGCAACAAAGGCAGCAGCCGGGCCGAUAACCCUGUCUCUUCCUCUACUCAGGACUGACCCUUCCCGGCCCAGCUGACAGCGACGCUGCCGACCCCCGGUGCCGCCUGUCCCCUCACACGUCCCCGCUGCCCUGCGCCUGCUGCGGGAAGCUGUUGUGCAGCACCAGCGCCAGCCACAGCCCGACUGACACCCAGAGCCACCAGCCCAGCUACCCAGCCUGCACCCAGCAGCACCAACACCCGAGCGGGCUCGCCUCGAGCCCCCAGCAAAGGAAACUGUCGGUGUGCCCGGAGCGAGGCUGCGAGCGCUGCGCGCUGCUCCAACGCCGCGAGCUGCAGCACCAAGGCAUCGCGCUGCGCCCCCGGGGCGCGGGCUGUUCGUCCUCCAGCCUGGGGGAAGACGACGGCGCGCCGGAGGACUGCCCCAAGAUCUCCUCCGCAGCCGUUUCUGGGGACGAGUGGAGCGGAAGCCCGGCUCCGAGCUCGGAUCCCGUGGGGAGGGAUGGUCGCCCCAGCGUGCCGCGUUUCGCCGUGUUCAGGGGGCAGCGGGCGGCCACCGGCUCCCACCCGUGGGUCAGCGCCGCGGCCCAAAGGAGCGGCUCCUGCUUCGCCCUCCAAGCCGGCUCCUGCGGAAGGGAAGCCCCGCUCUCCUUCCCGCCUCUCCCCCAGCCCUGCGAGUACGCGGACGCUUUGCCUUUCCCCCUGGUGACCUCCGGCGCCGAGGAGCUGGUGCUGAGCUGUCCCGAGGAAAGCGUCCAGCCCUGGGAGGGCAUCGUGGAGCAACGGGCGGCACCGAGCGCCGGCGGGCAGCUCCUCCUGAAUGCCACCAAGGAGCAGGGCACGCGGAACCUCGUGCAGGCGCCGGCCAACUCCCAGCACGUCCGCUCCCGGGCGCUGGCGGCUCCCGAGCGCCCGCUGCCCCAAGGGCUGGAGGACACCUCUCCCCUCGCUCGCCGUGGUGCAGAGCACGGGAACCCUACGGGAAGCACGACGGAUCAGCAGGAGAACAAGGCCGCGUCCGGCAAAGGGGAGAAGAGCAGAGGUGGGAGCGCGGGCGCCGGCAGGUCGUGGCGCGUGCCCGCCGCCCGCAGGGAGAAGCUGGCGGGCACGGCGUCCCCCAGCCAAGUGGCCAUGGCCUCCUUCGCCCCACGCCAGCAACGCGGCCUGACCAUCUUCAACCGCAUCCAGGGGGGAAACAUCUACAGCUUCCCGGGCCCGGCGCGGGAGGACGGCGCCAGCGCUAAGAGCGGCGCUGCUCCCCCCAACAGCGGCGACUGCGGCCGCGUUUUCCUUUGCAAACACUGCGACCAGGCGUUCUACACCCAGAAGGGCCUGGACAGCCACAUGUGCUUCCGCGACGAGCAGUGGCUGCUGCCACAGAGGAGAGAGGAGCAGCAGCAGCAGGGCUGGGCUGCGGGGGACGGAUCCGCUGCGAUGCCAGCGCUGCUGCAGGAGGAGCCGGCGGCGGCCGGAACCGCGCUGCUCAUCCCGGUGUCGGUGCCGGUGCCGCCCGGGAGCCAGGUGACCCCAAGGGAAACCCACGAUGGGAAGAACGCCCGGGCCGGCUCGCACCCCAAGAAGAGGAAACGCCGCGUUCUCCCCCAACCCCUCUUCAUCCCCCCCCCGCCUCCCCCCGAGGCGCAGCCGGGCCCGGGUGGCUGCUACCGGAGCAACCUACGUUCCCCGGUGCUGCUGAUGGACCGGCUGCUGCGGGACCUGCUGCAGUGCUCGCCCUACACCCCCCCUCCCAUGCUCAGCCCCAUCCGCGAGGGCUCGGGGCUUUACUUCAACGCCGUCUGCUCGUCUUCCUCAUCCGCGGAGCCUCGCCGGCUCUUGGGCGGCGUGCUGGACAGAAUGGACCAAGACUUCGGGCUGUGCCUCGUGAAGGACGGCACCAAAAUCAGCAUCGAGCCCCACAUUAACGUCGGCAGCCGCUUCCAAGCCGAGAUCCCGAGCCUCCAGGACAGGUCACGCUUAGGGAGCGCUGAGCAGGCGGCGGCCUUGGUGUGGAAACCAUGGGGAGACAUCGCCACCAACGAGGAAACCCAGGACAGAGUGAUGGAACUGCUGAACAUGGCGUGCUCCAGCGUCAUGCCGGGGGGGGGAACCAACCUGGAGCUGGCCCUGCACUGCCUGCACGAAGCGCGGGGCAACGUCGUGGAGGCUCUGGAGCUGCUGCUCUUCGGCUGGCCGCAGAAAUCCGAGUCCCAUCCCCUGGCUAAUUAUCGCUACACAGGUUCCGACGUUUGGACGCCCGUGGAGAGGCAGCUCUUUAAAAACGCUUUCCAUGCCCACAAGAAGGAUUUCUACCUGAUCCAGAAGAAGGUUCAGACGAAGAACGUCUCGCAGUGCGUGGAGUAUUACUACAUCUGGAAAAAAAUCAUCAAGUUUGACGACGGCCGAGCUCAGGCGGCGGAAAAAAAGACCAAGAGGGAGAGCAGCAGCGAGGUGGAGGAGGCCGAGGAGAAGGAGGCGGCCUCGCAGGGCACUGGGGCCCUUUCUCCUCUCACUGUGCCUUCUUGUGCUUAA